AUCAAACGGAAUGGACACUCGGAUUAUGAGAGCUCAAAGCCUUUUCCCAUUUUGGAAAAAAGUAAAAAAAUCUGAUAAACCCUAACCAGCAAUUAAAGUGUUCUCUGCAAACAUCACUUCCAAAAGCUUAAAAUCAAAUCUCAAGCAAUGGGCAAGCUAAGGCAAGAAUCUUUAACGAAAUCAGAACGAAAAUUGGAUAAGAAGGUUCAAUUUUAUAGCAAGAUUAAGGAUACAUUUGCAAGUUUAAAUGCCAAAAAGUCUAUUACUAAGAAAACGAAACUUCGAAGCCGACAGAAGAAACUGAAAGCAUAUGAUCUUUCUACACUUAGUGAGUUCCUUCCAGAUUUCAAAUCUCCACAGCAAUCAACUCCUGCAGCUGAGUUUAAACUGAACUGUAAAUCCAGAAAAAAACUAUUAUUGAAAGAAGGGAAACAAUUAAAUAUUGUUGUUGAUCAUCCUGCUUUCAAGUCGGAUCCUUUCGAAGCCAUCUACCAACACUUGCAGAGUACACAACCUGUCGUCGAGGAGAAAGCUAAGAAAAAGCCUAAUAAAAAUGGAUCAAAGAAAGUGAAGAGGAAAAAAUCUAAUGUACCAAGUAAAUCUUCCAUGGAGUUUUGAAGUGGUACAAUUUUUGCUCUCUUAUGAGGUUAUAGUAUUAUUUGCCUUUAAAAUAUGUUUGUGUAAGUUUUUCUUUUAAAAAAAUUAUUAUCAUUCUUGUUUUUCAAGAGUAUACUGAAAUCUUUGGUGUUGUUUCAGUACUCGAAUGUGUUUUUUUUUGUAAAUCACAAAUUCUUAGCAUCGAAUUGUAUUAAUCAAUAUUUAUUACUUUUUAAUA